AUGAGUGAGCAGGAGGAGACAGAGGAAGACGAGGGAGGGGGCUCCUCAGACACGACACCCAUGCUGCCCCAAAGGCCUCAAGAUCACCAAGCCUCAGCCAUGACAUGCUCAGGAUGGCCAGGCCUGAUUGCUAUAGGCAUGGGGCCCCUGCUGCUGCCUGGCCGGGCCCUGGCCAGGCUCCUGCUGCACCUGCUCCUGCCAAUGACUGUGUCCCUGCUGCUCCUGCUUCCUGCUGCAGGCGUCGUCUACCUGGGAUUCCUGUGCCACUCUAGGGUCCACCCGGCCCCCGGCCCCCGGUGCCGCGCUCUGCUCUCGGACCAUGGCUCCGCUGCGCUCAUCGUGCUCGGCUUCCUCUCGCUGCCGCCACUGCUGGUGCUCGCCUCGGCCGCCCGCGCCCGCCUGUCCCAGCACCUCCGCCCGCUGUUGCCGCCCCCAACUCGGACCCCCGCAUUCCGCUGCCGCCCAGGGUCCAGGGAGCAGGAGCUGGCUGGCCGCCUCCCCUCUGGGGAGGAGCAGCUCUGCGCCUGGGUGUGA